AUGGCGUUGCACAUUUCCUCACUAUUGGGAAAAGCGCUUUUCCUAUGCUCGUUAAUCUCGAGUGCCAUUUCAGCGCCCGUUGAUAAUGGGCCGACGGUCACACUGGCCUCAGGUAUUGUCGUAGGAACCACUACCAAGCCUGCGAACCAGCCAUCCUCGACGGCCUCAGCCAACGCCUACUUGGGAGUUCCUUUCGCGAAGUCGCCUCCCAUGCGCUUCUCACCGCCCGAAGCAGCAACACCAUGGUCUACUCCUCUACAAGCCCAAAAUAUCAAGCCAGCAUGUAUCCAGCAAUUCUCCGGUACUGGUGAUACCCGUGCCAGAGUCAUGGAGUAUUUCAACAACCCCACCUAUCCACCACCUCAGGAGAGUGAAGACUGCCUAUACCUCAAUGUAUAUACACCUUCAGGAGCCAAAACUACAAGCAAGAAGGCCGUGAUGUUCUGGCUUUUCGGGGGUAACUUAGCUUUUGGGACUGGCGGACUGGCAUACAACGACGGAAGCUCUCUUGCAAUCAACGAAGAUGUCGUGGUAGUCACUAUCAACUACCGCACGAACAUCUUCGGUUUCUCCAACUCACCCGAAUUGCCCUUUGGUUCCCAGAACGCUGGCUUCUUGGACCAACGGUUCGCAUUGCAAUGGGUACAAGAGAACAUUGCGCAAUUUGGAGGCGACCCGUCUCGUGUGAUGAUAUUUGGUGAAUCAGCAGGUGGCGAAUCAGUCAAGCAACUGCUAGCUAAUCCACCGAGUCCACUUCCAUUCUCAUCGGCUAUACUUGAGUCUCAGAACGCAGUACUCCCUGGAAAUGGCCUGCAAAACUACAAGCAGGUACUGCUACAUUUUGGCUGCGCAAACGUCGAUUGUCUUCGCAAGAUACCUGCAGUGGACAUCAAAGCGUACAUUGAAUCGGAAUCGCUCUCAUUUCCACCAGUCAACAAUGAUGGCACCUCAACACCCGACGUCAGACUCAGCAUAUCUACUGGGAAAUUCGCCAACGUACCAACGAUGCUAGGAUCCAAUCCGAACGAAGCACGUGUCUUCCUGGCCGUGGCUGGUUUAGCCGACGGCACCACCGCUGUGAACAGCUUCUUCGAUCAAUACAACAUCACGUCGAAAGCAGUGCGCGACUCCAUCAUCACUGCAUAUCCUGCGCAAGGUAUCACUAGUCUGUAUGAAGUAGCCGACAGGCUUGGAACAGAUCUAGUCUUCACAUGCACGACCGCUAGGCUGGCAAACUACCUCGCUGUUUCCGGACGCACAACUUACCGUUAUCUAUUCACGUCCGCCUUCCCUUCAAUUAGCUUCUUCCCCAACCCAGGUGCAUGCCAUACGAGCGAGAUUCCGGAGGUCUUUGGCACGUAUCCGCUUUCGAAUCAGUUUGGUACUGCAACACAACAGCAAAUCCAACUCAGUGCUUUCAUGCAGAAAAUGUGGGCUAAUUUUGCAAAGAACCCCGCUGGAGGUGUUGGAUGGCCGAAGGUUGGCAGCGCAUUUGGUAAGGAGCUGGGCGUACUAGGAAAGGAUGGCAGUAGUGGGGUGACGAUUAGGCCGUUGCUAGAGGCGGAUUACGCUUGCCCACUUUAUGCCGGCAUUGAAGAUAUUCUGGGACUGUCUUUCAGGUAA